UGAUGUGGCUGGAGAUUAGAAUGACAGGGAUAAUAGACAGUGCAGAGAACUCAUUCAUUUCAAUUUCGUUCCUCCAACGAUGUGCCUGAUGCAGUGUAGUUCUCCAAUGUUUGUAUGCCUAUAAGACAUGUGAUUCAAAGACAAGAUCUUUGGGGGAUCUGUGCUGGGUAGGGAGUACAUUUAAAGUUGAAGUUUGCCGCUAAAGAUGGCAGACCCAGAUGUCCUCACCGAGGUUCCUGCAUCAUUGAAGAGGUUAGCCAAGUAUGUGAUCCGGGGUUUCUAUGGCAUUGAGCAUGCUUUGGCCUUGGACAUCUUGAUCCGGAACCCUUGUGUGAAAGAGGAGGAUAUGUUGGAGCUGCUCAAGUUUGAUCGGAAGCAACUUCGUUCAGUUUUGAAUAAUUUAAAGGGAGACAAGUUCAUCAAAUGCAGAAUGAGAGUAGAGACUGCUGCAGAUGGGAAAACCACUCGCCAUAACUACUACUUUAUCAAUUAUCGUACUCUUGUUAAUGUGGUUAAAUAUAAAUUGGACCACAUGAGAAGGAGGAUUGAAACUGAUGAGAGAGAUUCCACCAACCGGGCUUCCUUCAAAUGUCCUGUUUGUUCUAAUACUUUUACAGAUUUAGAAGCUAAUCAGCUCUUUGAUCCCAUGACAGGAACUUUCCGCUGCACUUUUUGUAGUACAGAGGUAGAAGAAGAUGAAUCAGCAAUGCCCAAAAAAGAUGCACGCACACUUUUGGCAAGGUUUAAUGAACAAAUUGAGCCCAUUUAUGCUUUGCUUCGGGAAACAGAGGAUGUGAAUUUGGCCUAUGAAAUACUUGAGCCAGAACCCACAGAAAUACCAGCCCUGAAACAGAGCAAAGACCGUGCAGCAGCUACUGCUGGAGCUGCUGGCCUGGCAAGUGGGCACCACCGGGAAGCAUGGGCAACCAAAGGUCCCUCCUAUGAGGACUUAUAUACUCAGAAUGUGGUCAUUAACAUGGAUGACCAAGAAGAUCUUCAGCGAGCCUCACUGGAGGGGAAAUCUGCCAAAGAGAGGCCCAUUUGGUUGAGAGAAAGCACUGUCCAAGGAGCAUAUGGUUCUGAAGAGAUGAAGGAAGGUGGCAUAGAUAUAGAUGCAUUUCAAGAUCGUGAGGAAGGCCGUGCAGGGCUGGAUGAUAACGAGGAGGUUAUGCGAGCACUGCUCAUUCAUGAGAAGAAGACCCCCUCUGCUACCGCUGGCUCAGUGGGGGCAGCUGCUCCUGUGACCACUGCCAAUGGCAGCGACUCGGAGAGUGAGACCAGUGAGUCAGAUGAUGACUCCCCACCUCGUCCAGCUUCUGUGGCUGCACAUCACCGAGAGGAUGACGAGGAGGAUGACGAGUUUGAAGAAGUAACAGAUGACCCCAUUGCUAUGGUGGCUGGUCGUCCAUUCUCAUACAGCGAAGUGAGCCAGCGGCCAGAGCUGGUGGCACAGAUGACACCAGAGGAGAAGGAAGCGUACAUAGCAAUGGGACAACGCAUGUUUGAGGACCUCUUUGAAUGAGCUGUCCCUACAUUUUCCUCCUUUCUCUAAUGCUCGUUUCAAAAAGAAAAUACCUACCUUUGAAGAAAAAUAUUUAAGUGGCUUUCUGCCCUUCUUGGUGUAAAGCGACUAUUAAUCUUGCGCAAAAACAAAAACAAAAAACACUGGGAGAGAAAGAUUGAUUUUUAUGAAAGAAACUUUCCCAAAAGGUAGGUUGGCUGCAAGCGUUCCUUUCCCCACUACUACUACAGUAUUGCCCUUUUAUUAUAUUUUCUUAUCUAAUCCUUUUCCUUUCCUUUUUAAGAUACGUUCUUCUCCCUUGUGAAAUAAGUGAGGGAGGUAAAUUCUUUCUGUCUGCCUGCAGAAGCCCACGAUGGCAGGUUACAGUAAUUCACUGAUCACAUUUUUAAAAAACUAUUCUGAGCCAGCAUUCCGAACAAUUCCUGGUAUUGCUGCUAGCUAAAGCAGCUUGCCAACAGCAAAUCAUCUGAUGAGGGACAAAACAAUCUUAAAACUUCAAUUGAGAAUGAUGUCAAUAAGUAAGGGGAAGUUGGGAAUGUGUGCGGAAGAGGGAUGGAUAUGCCUAAAUCUCACAAUUAAUAUCUAGUAACCCAAAAUUUGUGUAUUUAGAACUGACCUGACUGGAAGAGUGUAUUGUUUUGCUUAUUGCCUUUUGGUUUGUAUGUUGGAUGAUAGAAAACGAAAAGUAUUUUGGUAAUCCCUUAUGAAGAAAUUGGGA